AUGUCCACAGACGAAGACGGUCGACGCGGAGGCCCCCAGCCUGCCUCCAAGAGACAACGGCGUGGGGUUGCUUGUGAUAUGUGCCGCAAACGGAAGCUCAAAUGUGAUGGGAAGCAGGCAGCGACUGGAAAGUGCACGAACUGUAGCGACCACAGUUGGGACUGCACAUUCUACACCGCACCAGGCAAAAGGGUCCCACCAGGGUAUAUUGAAGCACUUGAAUUGAAGGUGAAGCGGCUCCAAAAUCUCAUCGCCAGAAUGUUGCCUGGGCGAGACUUCACCCAUGAAGUUGGUUUCGAGCUGACACGCGAUAAUUGGAUGGUCUCUGGAGUUUGUGGUGCACCCGAGCCCCAGCAGCCAAGCGCCUUCGUAACCACACCUGCUGCAGUAACACCUGAUACGGGUGAAUCAAGUGCAUUGUCCUUGAUGGCUUCCGAUCAUACUGCGCCGACGACUCCAGCGGUAGACGAAUCAUCGAGUGAUGUCGAAGAGCCUGACCCAGCAAUACCCUUACGAAAUCUCCGUAGAGCCUCUCGGUGGUCCUCUUGGUCUCAACACAUGUCUAGUCAUCUGGGCAGAUCUUUGGGCGUAGGGCUGUUCAGGACCGCUGUUCAAAUGUGCAGAGAGCUUCUCCCUGACACGGUCAACGUCAACGCAUUCCACAUGCGAAAUAAACCAUGGGAAACUCCAUCUUGGCUCGACGGCUUUGGCCAUCAAUCUCCAUCCAAUCCACUCUUAUUUCCCGAUCGUGACCUAAUGGACGAGCUUAUCGGAUGCUACUUCGCGAACAGCAAUCUUCUUUUACCAGCCUUACAUCGACCUACAUUCGAAGAAGACAUGAGAUCCGGGCUUCACCGCCACGAACGCACAUUCGGAAGUGUCGUACUUCUAGUCUGUGCCUUGGGGUCUCGUUACUCCCACAACCCGCGCGUUCUCGCGUCUGGCGACAGGACAUGGCUGUCUGCAGGCUGGAAGUGGUUUACGCAAGUCCGCGUCCUCGACGAAGCAACACUGGUAUCUCCUGCCACGCAUCUGCAUGUUCUGCAGGCUAUGUGCCUUGGGACAAUGUACAUGGCCAACGUUUCGCUCACACACGCAUGGAUGUAUAUAGGCUCAGGCAUCCGACUCGCGGAGGACAUUGGUGCUCAUAAGCGGCGUGCUUAUAGCGACAAACCAACUCUUGAGGACGAACUCUACAAGCGCGCCUUCUGGAUUCUGAUAUACUUAGACCGGACGAUAAGUGCGAUCAUGGGCCGGCCAUGCUGUAUACAAGAAGAAGACUUUGAUCUUGAAAUGCCACAAUGUUGUGAUGAUGAGUAUCUCACACACGACGACCCGGAACAAGUAGCGAAACAACCUAGCCAUAAACCUUCGCUUCUUAGUUCCUUCGUUUGGACACUCAAGCUCAGCCAAAUACAAGGACUCGCGCUACGCACGAUUUAUGCGAGCACGAAGGCUAAAGCGCACUUCAACUUCCAAGGCGAAAAGUGGCUUGAAAGCACUGUUGUGCACUUUGACUCUCUACUCAAUAGCUGGUUGGACACUGUACCUGAGCACCUGCGCUGGGAUCCCACAUCACACUCUAACGACGCAUUCUUCCUACAAUCAGCGUAUCUUCACUCACAUUAUCAUAUUACGCAGAUGAUUGUCCAUCGACCCUUUAUCGCUACACUUCGCAAGAGAUAUCCCUUCCCCUCUCUUGCGAUAUGUACCAACGCUGCACGCUCUCUGACACGAGUGGUCGAGGCUCUGCACGGGAGGAAUAGGGACCAAAUCGGCGGCUUGACAUGGAUGAUGCAGUAUUCCGGGCUUGUUAUCUUGGUUGCCCUCGGUCAUGCGCGCCUCGGGAACAUCAGGAUCGACCACAAAGGUGGACUGAGGGAUGUUGACUUGCUUAUCUCCAUCAUGCGAGAGGGAGAAGUCCGUUGGCGUUGGUCUGGGCGACAAGCGGAUCUGGGCGCAAUACCAGGCAAGCGCCCUCGAGAAGCGUCCUCAACUGUGCUUCCGCCGGACGCUGCAACAGCGUCAAUCACAUCCGCCGAGCACAUACUCGCGCGAUCUACCCAGGUACCGGAGCCUGUAACUACAUCUCUUGCGGACUCGAACUUCCCCACGACAUUCAGCUACACCGCCGAUUCAGUCCUUGGUGCACUCCCGCAGGGCACCGGCACAGUACUCGGGAACAUCGACUUUGACGCGCUCUUUGGUCUCGGUGACGUGACCUCGCAGGGUUCGCGCCCGUGGUCCCCGUCCCCCUUUGACGAUACAUUUCUCGGUGUGCCGUCUAUGGACCACCUUCCAGACGGCGGGCAAGGAUCGAGCUCUGGCUGGCAGGGCGCGACGUUCGGCCAAGAGGUCGAGCAUUGGGACUGGCAGUGGACAGCACCUCCGCAAUAG